AUGGCAGUCAAAGAGGCGCAGGAGAUUCGCAAGGCUUAUCGGCUGGCUGCAAGUUUGCACUUGAGAAGGCUUGUGCGCUCGUGGCAAUCCGUCUCUCGGGUGCGUUCUGUGGCUGAUGCUUGCAAGAGACUUCCCGAAGUCCCGCAGCUGAUCGUCAAGUACCAGAAGUACCAGCAGCAGCAGAUGGCGAAGUUCAUUCAUCAACGCAUGCUUAGGCUCCGGGCUGCAUGCAUGUCCCGUGCGAAUUGGGUUAGAUGCAUGGCACGCGCAGGCAAGAAGGCUUUGCACGAGUGGCAGCGUGUCAGCCGCAUGUCGGCGCUCGAACGGUCAGUCUCGUACCAGGAGAGGACGCACUGGCAAAGCUGGCUCAGGCAUGCCUUUGAAAGCUUUGUAGAGGUCGCCGCUUCGGCAAAGGUUGUUCGCAGCAAGGCUCUCGACUUGCAGAAACGAUGGCUUGCACGGGUCCUCUUGGCCUUCCAAGAAGCCACAAGAUGCAGCAAAGCCUUCAGGCAUCGAUGCAGAGCUGCCCAAGCCACGUUUCGCAAGCGCCAGCUCGAGCGUAGCAUGAAUUCCUGGCACUCGUGGAGGCUUUCUCAAAGGCAGCAGCGCCUCAUGAACCUGGACGCAUUGAGUAGCUGGAGACGCUGCAUCCUGAAUCGGGCUUUGGGGAAGCUCUGCAGCUUCACCAUGCUGCGAGCAAGGUGUCGUGGCUUCACCACUAAACGCAGGCAAGACGCUGCAUUGAAAGCUUUGAAAAGCUUGCGGCAGACUGUCUUGCUGUCUAGAAGAAGCCGUGCUGCCAAGCUUUUAAAACAGGCGUCCGUCCUGCGACACGUGCUUCGACAAUGGACGAUCUUGCAUUUGACGUAUUCGAAGCUGGGUUUGUCGGGUCAAGUGAAACAGUUUCGCUUUCGGCAGAUACUUUUUAAUUGGUGGCGAGGUUGCAACCUCAGCGAUAUUUUGCGGUGUUGGCAUUGGGCUGGGAGGAUGGGAGUGAAGGAACGGCAUGCUAUCGCUCAGCACACGCAGUCUUCGUGGCGUUUCAUCCAGUCGGUGUUACAGGAGUGGCGUGCUUUUGCUAAGCUGCUGCGGGAAGAGCAGGGGUAUCUACGCUAUCGUUGCAAUCUCACCCGGCUACGAUGCUGCUGGAAGUCAUGGAACAGACGAGUCACUGCGGUGCAUCUGAUGCAACGGUUUCGUGACAAACAGCGGCUGGUUUCUGCAAGUUCAGUCGUCAAGGGUUGGAGCCGACAAGUCGCUUGCCGGCGGCAUACAACCCAUCUUGUGCAGAAACGUGGCCUGCAAUUGUGCAAGCGGAGUAUCAGCUGUUGGCGUGCUCACUGCAUGGCCAGACAGGCGGCAUCUCGACUGCAGAGCCAGGUGGUACUAGCCUGGCUGGAUUGGGCAGCCCUGCGCAGACAGGUUCGCGAUGACGUCGCUUGGCAGCGGUGGGCAGAGGGUGUGGCAGACAUCUUCAUCUCGCGACGGUUGCUGCGGGGUCUACCAACAUGCUUCAGCACAUGGUGCCACUCCGUUCGACAGCAGAGCGCUUUGCAUGCCAGAGCCGCAGCUAUGCAGACCGAUGCAUCCAGACAACUUCUUGUGUUUACUUUCGGCACGCUUCGUUGCAUCCUGGCUCUGCGACGUUUGCAGCGUUUCGACUCCGAGAAGUGCCUGAGAGAGCUCCGCGCCUGCUUCGUGAAUCUGCGCUGGUCGUGCCAGAUGUCUGCGAAAGCAGGGACCGUGCAGGCUACAGGCCGCGGCUUUCGCAAAGCACAAGCUUUCACGGCUCUUUUGAGGAUCUACCAGAGGAGGUGCUCUGCCAAGUCCAUGGCGGCAGUCAUGACUCGCAACUACCUUGGUCGGGCAUUUUGCAGACUCAGGCAGUUUCAGCACAGAAUGGAGGCGAUUGAGACUUCUGCAAAGCUGGUCGCACGGCGCUACCGCCUCCUCGCGGCGUUGGCUCGAUGGCGGAAGGAGCUGGCAGUGCAGAUGCGGAAGACCUGGCUUCCUGCGGUCUUCGUCGAGUGGAGACAGAUCGCUCAAAGACAGCGGCUGCGUCGUCUCCGUCAACGGCGGUAUGGCCUGCUGCGCUGGCGGGCUUACGUCAAAGACUGCAGACAGCAGAGCCGGCGCGCCGUCUUAGCAGAUCUGCUCCGGCGACGCCGCCAGAUGCGAGCAGUUCUGCUUCCGUGGCAGCUGGCUGCUGCCUCAAAGGAGGCUGGUCAGCUGCAGGACCGCUGGAGCGAGGCCGACGUUGUUCCAGGCUUGCAGCAGUUCGCCUUCAUGCGCUACCGAGACGCCACGGACGAGACGUGA